AGUUAAGGAUUCAGUUCAGAUAGAGUUGGAACCAACUUUAAAUUAAUUUUACGAUAGAAACAGCGCUAAAAGGAAGCAACUAUGGCACACAAUGGAACACGUCAAUUAAAAGAAUGUGAUUCUAAGAGCCUAUCCAAAAGUACGAGGUUUAAGGGAAUGGAGUGAACGAGUGAUCCCGACAAGACUAACCUUUAUUUCUCAGCCUCUUGUUUUUUAAUAAGAUCUCUCUUUACGUUUUCUUCCAACCUUAACACAGAUAGACACAUUUGCUUGAAGACAAAAUCGAACCUCGUAUUCAAGUUUCCUUCUGUUCUUCCACGUAUCGGCCACUUACACGGUACAAAUGUCUGAACACGUUAUGGGCUUAAGCAAGAUUAACACACAGAUUUGUGUUCAUGGUUAUCAACCUGCCUGGUUAAGUCGUUGGACUCGUAGAAACAGAGAUGGGAAGUGCUCCAAGGAGAUUAAUAACUUACCGGAAGAUGGUCAACUGGUGAAAGCGUCAACAGGUUCCUUGAAACUAAAAGGAAAAAUGUUGAGUGGAGUUCUUGAUCUGUUUCCUAAUCCUGAUUCAGCUCUUCCAAGUGUCAAACUAGUACCUGACAUGAACAAUGAACCGCCAAUUGUUGCGGACAGAGAAGACUCGAUAGAUGGGAAUGAAGGCCAAACAAGCAGUGCAGCUACUCAAAGUAUGAAAGUGGAACACUUUCAAAACAACAACACCAAGCUGCUCAGCGAGUGCAAGCGUAUAUGGUCUGACUCUGAAACCAACACUAGAUCACAGGUCAAACGUCUGAAGACAAACACAUCAUAUUAUAGCGGAAAUGAAACCGACAGCAUGAUGGCUGUCGAAGAGGGACCAUCAGGGAAGAAGGUGAACUACUUCUUCCACAGAAUAAUCGAAAUCAACAAACCCGGAUCCAGAAGAUAUCAAAAACCCUCCGCAUCACAAAUCAAGAAUCUUAAUAUGGGAGAAGACGUUAACCCAUGGAUUCAGAGAUGGUGUAAGAAAAAAGCUGGAGAGACUCAUGUACCAAGAGGAGGGAAAGAGGUCAACCCACAGAGCACUGCACUAGAGAAGCAGUUUCCAAGUAUUGCAGCAAUGGCAAUGAUGAAGAAGGCUCUCAACGGUUUAAACCCGACAGGCUGUAGAAAAACCAACUCCCUCUUCGUCUGGAAUACUGAGGAUUUAAGGUGAAACAAAUUCUGUAACGCCAAUCUUGCUGGUGUCAGAACACAAUACAAAACUAGUAUCUACCUACUUCAAAUAAAAUUGUUACUGUGACAGCAAAAUCUACAAGUAAUACUGGUGUAAUCAUUUUUACCGUGUGUGAUAUAAGUAAAUUUUCUAGA